UUAAUAGGCUCUAUUCAAGGAUAUCCGACGAAAAGCCAUUUGGAAGCUUUCAUUUGAAUAAAGUCAUUUAGAGCGACUCGGCUUUCUUAUUCUAUCAAUUAAAGCUUUUUUCGUUAUAUUUUAAGUUUGAGAAAAUCGUCGGUUUAAAAUCGUUCAAUCCUACAAUUCCGUCUGCCGCCUAGGUCUGCGUUGGAGGGGGUUGGGAAGUUGGAAGUUGGAAAGAGGGUGCCUGUGUCGCUGUGGGCGUGUGCUUGUUGCUUUCGUCCAUUCGGUGGGAAAUGUUGUUUACGUGCCUGUGACACUUCCGAUGUUAUGGUUUUUAUAUUUUUUCAACUUAAAUCACACAAAAGAACGACUAUUUAAAACACUUUAACACGGUUUCAUCUAAUUUAAAAUCUCCACCAAUUUCUACAUUUACCAACCAAAUCCACCAAAAGGUCUCAAGAUGGUGAAAAAGCGUUCUCUAUCUGGAAACAUUGGGAUUGGGAUAUUUGUACUUGCCUUUAUUUUCACUGUUGUCGCUUUUUGCACAUCGAGCUGGCUUGUGUCUGAUUCACGUAUAAGCGGUGCACCUUUCGAACGACUCGGUCUUUGGAGACAUUGUUUCCGUUCGCUCUCUGAUCCCAGGGAUGAGUACCAGAGACGGUUCUUUGUGGGCUGCCGAUUGGUGUACGACCCCUUCACAACUGGAUACGAUCAAAUUCGUGGAUACCUAAUGCCACCAUUUAUUAUCGUGACCCAAUUUUUCUACACCUUGGCAUUCAUUGGAGUUCUGGCAUCAUUUGUACUCGUUCUUAUGUUCUUUUUGUGCUUUGGCCCGGAACAUAAACAAUUUGUUAAUUUGACAUUAUUAAUAGGCCUUAUCAUGUCUGUAGUUGGUGUGUGUAGCGCCUUAGCAGUUAUUGUUUUUGCUAUUUGGGCAAACCAGGAUGGCUGGAUGCCAGGGCAUGACAACAACUUCUUCGGCUGGACUUUCGCCCUAGCCAUUGCAGGUACAAUUGCCUCUUUAAUAGCAGGGGGUCUCUUUCUGGUUGAGGGUGUUCUGCAGAAGAAGAAGCGCAUGUAUUUAAAAGAAUCUCAAACACGGUUUGAAAUGGAGCAGGACACCAAAGCUUGAUUUAUCUCUAUUUUUAACAACUUAGAAUUUAGAAACUUUAAAAACAAACGAAACAAAAGAUAGGGGUUGAUUUUUUCAUGGUAAUGGUAAAAAUUAAUUCAAACAACUAGUACAAUUUUUACAAAAUAGUAUUUUUUAUAUUUAAAUUGCAUGUCUUAAUUUUCAGAACUUUUAUAUUUACAUGAAUAGCUAACACAUUUAAGUAGAAUGUUAAAAGCUCACAAAUAUUAUUAAUUAAUUAGUUUUGCAAGUAUUGUUUUUGUUUCUUUAAUAUUUAAUUUACUUUUAAUUAUAAAAGCUCAAGUAAUAUUUUUCUGUUGUGCUUUGAGCUUUUAUAUCUCUAGUCUGUGGUUAAUAGGUAUUACCAUAUUAAAGAAUUUUUUUCACUAUUGGACCAAAUCAACCCCUGAGACUUAAUUCCGUCCAAAUCGCUUUAUCACAACAAAGAUCCAUCCAAUUUAUUUAAACAAAAGUUAAAAUCUAUUGUUUAUUGAAAAAAAAAGACUUAAAUUUAUUAUAUUUUAAACUAACUUUUUAUCAAUUGAGUUCUAUUUUUUACGAAUUGUACAUUUUAUAAUGUAUAUAUGAUUAGAAAUUAUUUUUAAUUCAAUACGUUUGUAGGGUAUGAUUGUAAUGGAAUUUUAUUUUAUAAUAUUUUUGUAAAAAAAUAUAAAUAAAUAAACAUGAAUAAAACACUGGUGAAAUACA